CCCGGUCGUCGCAGAGGGCGAGCCCCGGGGCGCCGAGAACAGCGGGCGACGCGAUUACAGUUAUGGCCACCCAGGUAAUGGGGCAGUCUUCUGGAGGAGGAGGACUAUUCACCAACGGUGGCAACAUUGGCAUGGCCUUGUCUAACGACAUGUAUGACUUGCAUGACCUCUCUAAAGCCGAACUGGCUGCACCUCAGCUUAUCAUGUUGGCAAAUGUGGCCUUAACUGGGGAAGUAAAUGGCAGCUGUUGUGAUUACCUGGUUGGUGAAGAAAGACAGAUGGCUGAAUUGAUGCCUGUUGGAGAUAACAACUUUUCAGAUAGUGAUGGAGAAGGACUUGAAGAGUCUCCUGAAAUUAAAGGUGAACCCAGUGGACUGGAAAAUGUGGAACUGGAAAGUUUGGAACUCAGUGUUGUAGAACCACAGCCUGUAUUUGAGGUAUCAGCUGCCCCAGAAAUUUACAGCUCAAAUAAAGAACUUCCUCCUGAGACACCUGGAACUGAGGACAAAUGCAAGAACUUGAAGACAAAACCCUUUCGUUGUAAGCCAUGCCAGUAUGAAGCAGAAUCCGAAGAACAGUUUGUGCACCACAUUAGAGUUCAUAGUGCCAAGAAAUUUUUUGUGGAAGAAAGUGCAGAAAAGCAAGCAAAAGCCAGGGAAUCUGGCUCUUCCACUACAGAAGAGGGAGAUUUCUCCAAGGGCCCCAUUCGCUGUGACCGCUGUGGGUACAACACUAAUAGAUACGAUCACUAUACUGCUCACUUGAAACACCACACUAGAGCUGGAGAUAAUGAGAGAGUCUACAAGUGUAUCAUUUGCACGUACACCACAGUAAGUGAAUAUCACUGGAGGAAACAUUUGAGAAACCAUUUUCCAAGGAAAGUAUAUACAUGCGGAAAAUGCAACUAUUUCUCAGACAGAAAGAAUAAUUACGUACAGCAUGUUCGAACUCAUACAGGAGAACGUCCAUAUAAAUGUGAACUUUGUCCUUACUCAAGUUCUCAGAAGACUCAUCUAACUAGACAUAUGCGUACUCAUUCAGGUGAGAAGCCAUUUAAAUGUGAUCAGUGCAGUUAUGUGGCCUCUAAUCAACAUGAAGUAACCCGACAUGCAAGACAGGUUCACAAUGGGCCUAAACCUCUUAACUGCCCACACUGUGACUACAAAACAGCAGAUAGAAGUAACUUCAAGAAACACGUCGAGUUACAUGUUAAUCCACGGCAGUUCAAUUGCCCCGUGUGCGACUAUGCAGCUUCUAAGAAAUGUAAUCUGCAGUAUCACUUCAAAUCUAAGCAUCCUACCUGUCCUAAUAAAACAAUGGAUGUCUCAAAAGUGAAACUAAAGAAAACCAAAAAGCGAGAGGCUGACUUGCCUGAUAAUAAUGUUACCAAUGAAAAAACAGAGACAGAGCAGACAAAAACAAAGGGGGAUGUGGCUGGUAAGAAAAGUGAGAAGUCUGUAAAAGUGGAGAAAAAGGAUGUUUCAAAAGAGAAAAAGCCUUCUACUAACACCUCAAUACAUGUGACGACCAGAACUCGCAAAUCAGCAAUGGAAGCUAAAGAUGUGGAUAUGCAUACAGGAAAUAAUUCAGAGAAAACCUGUAAAACCAAGAAAAGCAAAAGGAAGAUGGAAACUGAAGCCCAUUCCUUACAGUGUCCUGUUAAUGAUGAGGAACCUGUGACAAAAAAGAAAAAAAAGGCAGAAAGCAAAUCCCCAAAUAGUCAGGAAGUACCAAAACGUGACAGCAAAGUAGAAGAAAAUAAAAAGCAAAGUACUGGCAUGAAAAAAAAUACAAAGAAGAAAACUCUGAAAAAUAAAUCAAAUAAAAAAAACAGCAAGCCUACUCAGAAGGAGCCUGUCUCACAGGAGCCUGCAGAGGGGGGGGGCCCUUCGGUGGGGCCUGUGCAGACAGAGCUGCCGCCGCCCACGGAGCCUCCUCCUGGGCCUCCUCCGGUGCAGCCUGCUCAGACAGAACCUCCUGCUGCUGGGGGACCCGUGCAGAUGGAUGUUGCUCAGGAGGGGUCUGUUCAGAUGGAACCUCCUCCUCCCCCCAUGGAGCCACCUGUGCAGAUGGAGACAACUCCUAAGAAGUCACCUCGAAAAGAUAACAAAAAGGAAAAGUGUAAUGAACAGAGUGAAAUGGCACGGCAGGAGCAAGUUCUCAUUGAAGUUGGCUUAGUGCCUGUUAAAGAUAGCCAGCUUGUUAAGGAGAGCGCAGAUGCACAGGAUCUCUCACCACCCUCUCCACCGCUGCCAAAGGAAAACCUGCAAGAGGAGUCAAAAGACCAAAAACUUACAGAAGGCGAAGGAAAUAAAGAAUCCCCUCUUCAAAACGCAGAAGCAGAAGAGGCAGAUAAGAGUCUAGCUGGUCUUGCUGCUAGUGUAGAGGAAUCUACCAAUACUUCAUCCUCUGAACAGAACUUGGGUAUGCCAGAGGAAGAAAAUGGUAAACAUCAGGCUGACACUAUGCUUUCUGAAAUGGAAAUGGACACUGAUGAGAACAAAACAGAGAAGCUCCCUGAUAAAGACACAGCACAUGAAGAACCAGUUUCACCACUGCUGCUUCCUCUCCCAAUAGAGCAACACGAAGCAGUGUCCAAAUCCGAGGUGGCAUCGCCUCCUGCUACUACGGCAGUGAGUGAGUCUCAGGAAAUGGAUGAAGAUGAAGGCAUCCAUAGUCAUGAUGGAAGUGACCUCAGUGACAACAUGUCAGAGGGUAGUGAUGAUUCAGGAUUGAAUGGGGCUCGGCCAGUUCCACAAGAGAACAGAAAAAAUGCAAAGGAAGCCUUGGCAGUCAAAGAGGCCGAGGGAGAUUUUGUUUGUAUUUUCUGUGAUCGGUCUUUUAGGAAGGAAAAAGAUUACAGCAAACACCUCAAUCGCCAUUUGGUCAAUGUAUACUUCUUAGAAAAAGCAGCUAAAGGACAGGAGUAAUUAAACUUUGGACAAGGCUUCAGUCUUAGUUUGUAAGAUCUAUUACAUUUUAUAUUCAUUUACAGUAGUCAAUAUCUUUUUAUUUUUAAAAUUGCUUUAAUUAGUGUCCAGUGUUGAUUUUGUAAGUGUCACUCUUCUUAGGACUAUGUUUACUUGUUAAUAUAUACAUUUUAGCAAACCCAAGGGAGUUAGUCUACUAAACCUGCAGACACCUAAAUCUGUUAGCUCAUUCAUUUAAUUAAAAGGAGGCCAAGAUGGUUAGAGCUUUCUGUUGGCUUUGUCCAGCUACUUUUUUCUUAGGUCGGUCUUCCUGUUUCACUUUCGCUUAUUCUUAGUUUCUUGUUUAGCUCUAUAAAAAUUGGCAUAAGUAGCAAAUUACUUGAAAGAUUUGCCUGCUUUAUAUAAAGUUAGCACUUUAAAAUUUUUUAGAGAUGAAAAGAGACAUUUAAAUUGAGGAAAAAGUCUCCCAACAAUGGACAUUGUGUAUCAGUCCAAGUAUUUACUUUGAGUUUUGAUCAAUAUUUCUUAUUUGUGUGUUUAAAUUGUCAUAAAAAAUGAUUUUGGUGUGGUUUGGGGUUUUUUUUUUUUUUUUUUU